UAAUUAUGACCAAGCUUUAAGAAAAAUGAGGAAGGUGUGUAAGCAAUUCUGGCAUUGCUGUUCAAGUAGGAUUUAAUUCAGAAUAGUAACUAUAUAGGUAAUAGCUACAAAAAUUUACAAAAGGACAUGAUCGCUCAUCUGUUAUAAAAGCAGUAACCAAAUAUUACCUUGAACUUAAAUUCCUUGUAAUUCUAGGAUAUCUGGAAGUAGUCAUUGGAAAGGAAAAUGUAAGAGGUUGCUUUUAUUUCACGCAUUUCAGGAAAUGUUUGAAGACUACCAGUGUCUACUUUGGAGGUCUUUGGCAAGACUUUCUCAAGAACCAUGAAGAAAUUGCUGACUGUAAUUAUUUAAUAUCAAGGAAUUUAAACCAGAAAAAAAGCUUCUAGUCAAAAUGGGUAACGCAGCUGUUGUCCUUUAUCUUACUUUGCAAUUAAUGCAAGAGACAGAAGCAUCUGUUGUGAACUGCAUCCCCAGGAAAACAGUAAAAUACCAAACUGGAAAUAUAAAAACUUUUAUGAAACAAGAAUUAUCCAAUGUUUCCACUCUCCUUGUGAACGAAGAAACCGAUACCUUAUUUGUUGGAGGCAGAGAUGCUGUAUUUGCUCUUGACUUGAAUAAUGUUUCUAGAGAAAUAGCCAGGGAAUACUGGUUUGCUACACAGGAAAGACAACUGGAAUGUAUCCAUAGAGGAAAGGACAAGAUAAGAUGCCAGAACUACAUUCUGUUCCUCCAUAAGAUAAAUGACUCCAGCUUAUAUGUUUGUGGGACCAACGCUUAUCACCCAGCUUGUGAUCAUAUGGUUGUCCACAAAACAAACAUAAGUUUGCAAGGAAAAGCUGAAGACAGCAGAGGAAAAUGUCCAUUUGAACCAACCCUGAAAUUUGCUUCUGCCUUUGUAGAUGGUGCAUUUUAUUCGGCUACUUCAAAUAAUUUCUUGGGAACAGAACCUAUAAUACUCCGCAGUAUGAGGAACCCUGUAAGAACAGAAUUUAAAACGUCUUGGCUAAAUGAACCAAGAUUUGUUGAUAUGGAGGUAGUGCAGGAAAGUGAAUCUAAUCCAAAUGGAGAUGAUGAUAAAAUUUACGUGUUCUUCACUGAAACAGCYGUUGAAUUCGAAUUCUUUGACAAGCUUCUGGUGUCCAGAAUUGCCCGUAUCUGCAAGGGUGAUCUUGGUGGAAAACGCAUAUUGCAGAGAAGAUGGACAUCGUUUUUAAAAUCCCGACUUUCCUGUUCCAUUCCAGAAUUAAAUUUCCAUUUCAAUAUUAUCCAGGACAUCUUUUUACUUAGGAGAACAGACUGGCAAGAGAGCGUUUUUUAUGGAAUAUUUUUCCAGCAAUGGGGAAGAUUGGACAUAUCAGCUGUUUGUGCAUACAACAUGAAAAAUAUUCAAGAAGUCUUCUCCAAAGGAAGCUACAAAGGGCCAGUAACUGUGGAACCUUCCCAUGUUAAAUGGGUGGUGUAUAGGGGAGAGGUGCCGGUCCCCCGUCCUGGUGCUUGCAUUGAUAAUUUUGCCCGGAGCAUUGGAUACAACACUUCUUCUGACUUGCCUGACAAAGUUUUGCAGUUUGUUAGAGAUCAUCCUCUCAUGGAUAAUUCUGUAAAUCCAGUUGGUAAUAGGCCAGUGCUGCUGAAAAGAGGUUCAAACUAUACCAGGAUUGUAGUAGACAGAGUCACUGGCCUCGAUAAACAAACAUAUGACGUUAUGUUUCUAGCAACAGCUGAUGGAUAUUUGCAUAAAGCUUUCAAUUGGGAUGGGGAAAUGUUCAUUGUGGAAGAGCUACAGCUGUUUCCAUCUGCAGAGCCUGUACAAUCUCUCCAGCUGUCUUCUAAAAAGGGAAUGCUCUAUGCGGGCUCUCAAUCCCGAGUGGUGCAGCUGCCCGUGUCUGCGUGCCACCAGUAUAAGCAGUGCCUGGACUGCGUCCUGGCCCGCGAUCCCUACUGCGCCUGGGCCCAGUCUGCUGCCCGGUGUGUUCGYCUGGCAAAUGAAACCAGGGAUUUGAAGGAGCAGCCCAUCUUCAGCACCAGGGCCCACGUUUUCCAGAUCGACCCGGCCACCAAGCGGAACUGGAUCCCUGCCAGCAAACACGCCUUGACCGUCUCCUACUUCUACGAUGCCACGCGCAACGUGUACCGGAUCAUCAGUGUGGGGGGCACCAAGGCGAUCAUUAACAGCACUAUCACCCCCAACAUGACCUUCACGAAGACGUCCCAGAAGUUUGGCCAGUGGGCAGACAGCCGGGCCAACACCGUCUAUGGCCUGGGCUUUGCUUCCGAGCAGCAUCUCUCCCAGUUCGCCGAGAAAUUCCAGGAGGUGAAGGAAGCCGCCCGCUUGGCCAGGGAGAAAUCCCAGGACAAAACGGAGCUCACCAACCCUGCGCUCAGCCUCACGUCUCACCAGGUGCUGCCCAGCCCCAUCAUCAGCUCCAACGGACCAGGAGAAGACAAGCUCUUCCGCAGCCAAAGUGCCGAUGUGGAGAUAACAACGGAGAAGGAGCGGCUGAAGAAGAUGCUUUCGGAAGGCUCCGUGAGCGAGGUGCAGUGGGAAGCCGAGUUCUUCAGCCUCCAGGACAACAACAGCAAGCUCGUGGCCGCCCUCCACGAAGCCAACGCCAACGUGGACCAGUGGAAGAAGCAGCUGGCUGCGUACCAGGAGGAGACGGAAACGCUGCGGCAGCGGGUGGCGGAGCUGGAGUCGCAGGGAGCCCCCGACUCGGCCGCGGAGAACAGCAAGGAAGACCUGAGCCAGACGCUGGAGGAGCUGGAGCUGCUCAUCAAGACCAAGGAUGAGGAAAUUCAGAUGCUGAAGAGCCAGAAGUGCAGCCGAUGGGAAGCAGAGGGCGAGCGCGAGGAAACGCUGCAGAAGCUGCAGGAGCUGGAGACGCGCAACGCGGAGCUGGAGCGGCGCCUGCACCUGGCCGAGCAGACGCUGGCCGAGAGCCUGGCGGAGCGGGAGAAGAUGCAGAGCGAGGUCAUCAAGGUGGCCGAGAUCAUGGACGUGAAGAUCUUCGAGCUCAGCGAGAUCCGCCAGGGACUGGCCAAGCUGGUGGAGAGCAACUGAGGAGCGGCGCCCACGGAGGGGACCCUGGACGGCACCGGUCCCCGGCAGCACCCCGAGCCACACAACAGCCUCCYGGCCCCUUGGGGCAGGGUGCACCCRAUACCAGCAGCUGCCUGGACYGUGYGGAGGCCCCCGCGGCCACGGACCGCCCGCUGAGCACCCAUGGAGCGGACAGAGCGCCCCGAGCUCCCGGGUCCUCCCCAGGGAGCGUCCGCACGCGGCGGCCGGGCUUCUCGGCUGUCCCGUGCUGCCCCCGGCCUCCCUCUCGCCAACACUUGCAUCUCCCACCUUUUUACCGUCCUUUUCUAGGGAAGGGGCUGAGCAGYCUUCGUGGUUUUUUUCAGUAGCUUUUUUAGGGAACCUCUUGCCUUUUGCGGAACGUGCUGCUUCUGUUCGCUUGCCUUGGCAGGGAGCAGAGGUGCCAGCUCACCCAGGACUCCGGCUGCUCCUUUUUUCCUUGCCCAGGCCCUGACCAGAGCCUCUUUAGGAGGAUCCAGUAAGGCCGGUCACUGUCAGGAGCUCCAGGUGGAGCAGAAGUCCCCACCAGAGCCCCAAGGUGCUUGUUGCUCCACGUUUCCUUUCCCCUGUUCAGGUGCAUCCUCCAGAGGACCUGCAGGUUCUGCAGGUUUUGAAGCUCUUUUUGCUUUGGCAUGGUGGUUUUUAGGGCUUCUUGAAGCGGCGUUAAGCUGAGAGCACCGGCCUGGCUGGCAUGGGGGCGUCUGGGAAGCAGGACACCCCUCCCCAAGGGGACGUCCAGCCACUUGCUAGAUGAGUUUCUCUCCCUGCCUCUACGGACUGCACUUAAUUGGAAUUAAAUGGAGCAAAUUGCAGUUGC